AAUGUCCUUCCCUUUCUUUCGUCUGUGGGCAGUGGUGUAACUUCAGCAUCAGCAGUUGCCUGGGGAAAUGCCCCUUUUGGCUCCAUUUCCUUGUUCUUGCUGGGGGUCCUCUCAAGCUGUAUCCAGCAUGCUCCAAGGUCACAGCUCUGUGUUCCAGGCCUUGCUGGGGACCUUCUUCACCUGGGGGAUGACGGCAGCUGGGGCGGCUCUCGUGUUCAUAUUCUCUAGUGGACAGAGGCGGAUCUUAGAUGGAAGUCUUGGCUUUGCUGCAGGGGUCAUGUUAGCGGCUUCUUAUUGGUCUCUCCUGGCCCCAGCGGUUGAGAUGGCCACGUCCUCGGGGGGCUUCGGUGCCUUUGCCUUCUUCCCUGUGGCUGUUGGGUUUACCCUUGGAGCUGCGUUCGUCUACAUGGCCGACCUCCUGAUGCCUCGCCUGGGUGCAGCAGAAGACCCCCAGAUGGCCCUGGCCCUGAACUUCGAGCCUGCAUUGAUAAAGAAGUCUGAUGCUGAGUGUCCCACGCUGGUCUUCCCCAAGAAUGAACUUUCCAUCCGUAUAGGCAGAGCUGGGCUUCUUUCAGACAAGAGUGAGAACGGCGAGGCGUAUCAGAGGAAGAAGGCGAUGGCCGCGGACCUUCCCGAGGCCCCCGAGGCCCGUGGGCCAUCCCCCGCGAACCUGGCCGUGCCCGAUAGCAGCAGCUGGAGGAGAAUCGCGCUGCUCAUCUUGGCCAUCACCAUCCACAACAUCCCAGAGGGUCUUGCUGUUGGAGUUGGAUUUGGAGCAAUAGAAAAGACGGCGUCGGCUACCUUUGAGAGUGCCAGGAACUUAGCCAUUGGAAUUGGGAUCCAGAAUUUCCCCGAGGGCCUCGCUGUCAGCCUCCCCUUGCGAGGGGCUGGCUUUUCCACCUGGAGAGCCUUCUGGUACGGGCAGCUGAGUGGCAUGGUGGAGCCCGUGGCUGGGCUCUUUGGGGCCUUCGCCGUGGUUCUGGCCGAGCCCAUCCUGCCUUACGCGCUGGCCUUUGCUGCCGGCGCCAUGGUCUACGUGGUCAUGGAUGACAUCAUCCCCGAAGCCCAGAUCAGUGGUAAUGGGAAACUGGCGUCCUGGGCCUCCAUCCUGGGAUUUGUGGUGAUGAUGUCAUUGGAUGUUGGUCUGGGUUAAGUGGUCCAGUAUCCCGGCCCCGGGAAAGGCAGCACGAGAACAUGGCAACGGUUGGCUUCUCCUGGACCCCGAGCCUCUUUCUUCACAUUGAAACAUUUUUACCUUCUCUCCUUUUCGUCGCAUUAUCCUGAUUGACUCUGAUUGUAUGCCAAUUUUUACUUUUCUUUUGAAGGAGCUAAUGGUUUUUUUUGGAAUUUCAAGGUGUCCAUGGAACUACAGAUUUUUGUGUUUUUGUUUUGUUUUGUUUUGUUUUUGCCACUGAAUGGAUUCUUUCUUCAGUGGGAUUACCGAAGACAUACAGAUCAGGGAAAUGUCUGCUUCCGUACCUUCAGUCUCCCUCGCUAGACUCAAUGGCAACUCCCCAAGGUCACCUACAGAAGCAAGCUCCCCAGAGAGAAGUCUCCUAAGCAUUUUUGCCUAGUGACUUAGAGCAGAAUCGUCAGGACAUCUCGUCUGUCCCUCCUAACCUUUCACCAUCGAUCCUCUACCCAUCUAGACCAGAACUGGAACGUCAUAGCCAUACCACCUACUCUCCAAGGCCUAGCAGCCCCCGGAGGAGCAUACCUUCCUCUGCCUCCCCCAGGGUGAUGGAGAAUGGGAGGAUGCACAGACAAAGGGAAGAAAAUCAGCUAGUCUUUCUCUUUCUCUUUCUCACCCUUUUUUUUUUUUUUUUUUUUUUUAGAGAUUGACUCUUUGAAGUCAAAGCAAUUAGGACAACUGUGAACACAGUGAGCUCUGUGAAAAGAAAAGAGUGUAGCUUUGAUCAGAGACCUGCUCUCUAUGGAUUCUAAGAAAAAAGUGGUUUGUCAUGGUUUUCAAAUCCCAAAACACUUAUUUUGAUCAGUUUGUAGCCUUCCUUUUUCUAAGAGACUUGGGGAUACCUGCAAACUGCUUGAACUCAAACCCAUUAUUUACUUACUGAGGGAGCCACUUAAGCUAAUGUAAGUGAAUGGAAGACAUUUGGCAUCUGCCAUGGGUCCUUCCUUCUCUGCUGACCAUUUGGUCACUUGUCACCUGACCCGGAAGUCUUAAGCUGCAACAGGCUUUCCUGGAAUUUGACCAGAGAGCUUAGGAUGAGAAAGGAAGAAGGGGUAGGAAAAGAAGAGAUGAGAUAUUUUUACUUUCCCUUGUAAAUGUCCAUCAGCUCAUCGUUGUUUAGGGUCAUGAGCCUAAACAAUGACUUGAACGAGAGUGGGGGCCAGCGUACUCCCUCAUACACAGAGCUCCUCCAGCAGGGGUGAUACAGCGGGACUGCUUCCAACCCAGCUAAGGCCUGCCCUCCCCACUGGUCCGAGGAGCAACAUGGGACUUUGAAUGGGCUCCACUGAGAGGCAGGAAGCCCACGAGCCAGGUAUCCAGGCCUUGUACUGUCAACGCCUGCCCUCUGAGUUUACAUGUUUGAUUGCUUCCAAGGGUGAAUACCCCGUGACCUGCUCUGUGAAUGCCCUGAGACCCCAAAGGCCAAUCUUAUGCCCGGCCUAUGUAUGUUCUUCCGAAGCACUGAUGAUCAAAACUGAAGACACACAUCCAGAGGUUUGAUUGGUUGACAUGAUUUGUUUUGGUGGUUGGUGUAUGUGUAUUUUUACAUCUUUGUAUGUAGUUCUACGUAAUGUAAACUUCUUUCUGAUCGACAAGACCUUAUAACUGUGAUUCGCGUCAAUAAAAGGGAUAUUGU